AGUAUGAAAAUAUCUCCACAAAUCCAGCAGGCAUGAGGCUGGGGACUAGAGGGCGCGGUGGGCACACCCCGGGUGAGCGUUCAGUGCUCGCCCGGACAUCGUCCCGGCUGGACGUCUGUUUACCCUUUGUUACCAACUCGUUCCGCACCAACUUCUUCGGAACAAACGGACAGUAAGAAUGAACGGGUUCGUUGCUUUCAAUGUCUGUUAAUCGACAAUGUGAAGUGUCUAUUGUGUUUAAAAGCGAUCCUUACAGUAAGUGUUUUGCGCCGGGAAAAGAAAAUUACACUUUUACUGAAAUGUUCAGGAUUUUACUUACAGAUUUAUUCGGAUUUUAGAUGUAAACGAUUGAAGGAUUACGAAAAGUAAAGCACAUUUACUUCUUACAAGAUGGUAAUAAUCAUCAGUCGAAUAUGUGUGCGUUCGGGUGUGUUGGUGCUCGCGGUGGCAGGCGGCGUCUCGGCGCGUGUCGCCGGCAAAAUGGGUGGCUACUCCAACAAGAUGGGAGGGAAAUCAACGAGCGGCAUCAACGAAGAAAUAAUAUGGAUAAGCAUAAGCAUGGCAAUAGCGAUAGCGGUGCUGAUAGCGAUCGCGUUGUGUUAUAUCCUGAAGGAGAAGUGCACCAAGCGACAGUCCUACAGGGAGCAAUCAUGACGAUACAAGCAGGAGUUCGCGCGGCACGCCCUCGCGGAUUCCCUCUCAGAGUUCGAGUUCCCCUCCUAUACGCUCUACCCACAGUACUCGCCCGACGGCACUGAAUACUUCUACAACUUCCAUCGAUUCUCAUAUUUAAAAGACAGUUUUAAACUACCCCCAAAGGAUUAUCCAAAGGAAUAUCCAAUUAAUUCUAUACAAAUAAAUGACGAUAUUUACAUAAAUGCGUGAUUGAAAGACGUGUGUCUCGCUUGAGGACGAUGUUCAUUAUGACGAAUUUACGCGACUAAAGUGUCGUACUGUACCAAGCAUUAAUGAUAACUGUACUUUAGAGAUGUAAUCUAAUUUAUUAUAUGGAAAAUGUCUGUAAAAUGUAUAAAAUUAAUCGGAAUUGAAUAUGUGGUGUUAGAUGUAAGAAUAACCUUAUUUUAAUUUACCUAUUGUCAUAAUCAUUUGUUUAUCAUCUCAAUAACCUCAAUGUCGUACAUCAUUCUGUGACUGUGAUAAAAAAUACGGCUAAUACUCCUUCCAUACGAUGUUAAAGAUCAUAAAUAUAUAAAAAGUCGUCUAAAUUUCCCUCUAAUACGGUAGCAAAAUUGUAAUGUCCAAUCUUUUUUAUACCCGCUUUUAUCAUUCAAUAAAGUUGUUUGUCCAGUCUAGAAUUACGACCCAUGUGAGUCGUUCCCAAUUAUUUUAUACACCAAAACAAACUUAUCAAAACAUUAUUUAUGAAUAGAGCCAACUAACGAUAUAAAACGUACACGUUUUAUGAAUAAAACACAUAAAAGGAGCUUAUUCCUUUGACUAAUAUCAUACGUAUCUUUUCAGUCGAAAC